CAUCCAGACUCUUGUAUGCCUUAAGGUCCUUUCCAGUGUACGGAGAUGGUGAAUCGACGAGGUAAUUAUAAAUGUCUGGAUAUGCUCAGGUGAUUUUAGCAUGCUUCUCGGUAAAAGGUACGGAUCCGUUGUGCCAACAAGGUUCAACUUCUCUCGGUAAUGUUUCUUGGACUCUUCAUCCAAAUGUACAACAUCAUUGGAUAGCAAAUCAGCCAUAAUUCGGAUGAAAUCGGUGAAAAUGUAGCGCAGAAAUCAAACUGAAUCUGUACGAACACGUAGGAACGAGUUGACCGGCAAGAUGGCGGCGUAACACAAAGUCACGUGGUUUAUCACUCAAAGCCUGCUGGGUGUAUGCUUGAACUACUACUCUACAAUCAUACUUGCCAACCCUCCCGAAUUUUCAGUGCCUCUCCCAAAAAAAUCUCCCGAUUAAGGCACGCCCCAUCCAGGUCCAUGCGGACCUGAGUGAGGACAGCCUGUCGUCACGUCCGCAUUUCCGCCAUAGAAACAACGUGCCGACCCAGUCACGUUCAACAUCUACGGCUAAUGGAGAGUGGCCAACUGCACACACAACAUGGAGGAGACGAAGCAGAAGAACGAAGAAGAUACAGUCAUGACGACGCCGACGCCGAGUAAGAAGAAGAAGUACGCUUGCAAGUUCCAAAAUGUUUGGAAACAAAUAUUUCAGUUCAUCCAGGACAGCUCGAAGGGGAAGGGGUAUGCUACCUGCACAUUUUGUAGAUCAGACUUCUCCAUUGAACACGGUGGGCGAAUGGACAUACUCAUUCAUGAACGGACAGCGAAGCACAAAGCGGCGGCAACGCGGCACCGGUCUCAGCCCAGUGUUGUGGCCCAUAAUCCUGGGCUGGGAGGGUUGGCAAGUAUGAUUAUGGGCCACCUUGCUGAAUGGAGACCCGAGGGUGUAACAUAUGCCGAGACAAAGAUGGCUAUGCUGAUAGCUGCAAGCAACAUCCCGUUCUCAUUUGCGGAUGUUUUCAACAAAGCCGUGAAGGAUAUGUUCCCGGAUUCAGAGAUCGCUCGCCAGUACUCAAAUGGCAGAACGAAGGCGACUCAAAUAGUGAAAGGUGCCAUUGCCCCGGAACUGGACAAGGAAGUGAUCGAACUUUGCCAAAACCAACCCUUUGGUCUGAUGUGUGAUGAAAGCACAAGCAGAAACACGGAUAAAGAGUUUGUGAUAUUGGCCAGGGUUUGCGAUCCGAAAACUCAGGAGGUGGUGACAAAGUUUCUGCACAUGCCAGGGUGCAACAUUGGAACAGCACAGAACCUCUUUGAGUCACUGAACACAGUGCUAAGUGACAGAGAAAUUGACUGGAGAAACGUUGUGGCAUUUAAUAGUGAUAAUGCCAGUGUGAUGAAGGGGAAGCACGAUUCUGUUGUCAGCAGAAUCAAAGACAUGCAGCCAUCCCUAAUUGACAUGGAAUGCAUCUGUCAUCUGGUCCAGCUGGCCACAGGAUGUGGCAUUAAGGCUCUACGCCAGCCUAUUGAAGACAUCCUCAGCAGUAUAUAUGCUCACUUUGACAUCAGUGCCAAACGUUGUGAAAUCUUCAAGGAGUUUGUGGAGUUCACAGACUCAGAAACUCUGAAGAUACUCCGAUACUGUGCAACCAGGUGGCUCAGCUUGCUGACUUGCAUAAACCGGGUGCUGAACCAGUGGGAUGCACUGCAGGCAUAUUUUGCCAGUCAUGAGGAUGUGGAGAAGCCUUGCAAGGUGAAGAUGCUGGCAGAGCAUUUGACCAGCAAGAAGACAAAGUUCUUUUUCCUCUUCCUCUCCCAGGCUCUGAAACCACUGGCAGAGUUCAAUGUUAUGUUUCAGGCUGAAGGAGUGAUGGUUCAUAGGCUGCACCGGGAGAUGACCAGCCUGGUGAGAAGAUUAAUGGGAAGAUUUCUCCCUGCCAGCCUUAUUGCUGAUGUCCCACUGAAGGACAUCAAGUUCAAGGAUGCCAGCCUACAGUUGCCGGACAGCGACCUCUUUCUUGGAGCAGCUGCACAAAGCCUCUUGGAGGACAACGUGGAUGAACUUUCCUCCUCUGUCCCAAUGAUGAUCAAGGCAGUGAGAGACUUCUUUAUAGCUGUGACCACAAACAUGAUGACUGCAUUCCCCCUCGACAACAUCAUCCUCCAAAACCUGACCGUGUUGGACCCAGAGUCACGGCAUCAAUUUUCCCCAAACUCAGUUAUAGAGCUUGGGAAAAGUCUGCCGCAGCUGCAAUUGGACCUGGAUAGCCUCUGGGAAGAAGUAGUGGAGUACCAAGUGCUUGGCAGGGAAGAUCUUCCUCAGGAACCAAGGAUUGACCGGUUUUGGGCCAUGCUAGGGAGAGAUGGAAGAUUCCAGACUCUGGUGCAUUUGAUGAAGGCACUUUUGUGCGUGCCACACAGCAAUGCAUCAACAGAGAGGGUGUUCAGCAUGGUUAGAAAGAUAGUGACAGAGAAUAGAACGAGGAUGGACCAUUCAACCCUAAACUCACUCCUUUCCUGCAAAUUAAAUUUCACAGAUGCUGCCCACACCUAUGCUCCUUCAAAGGCUGUGCUACUGGCUGCAAAGCACUGCACUUUCAAAUACAACAAAGACUAGAGUGUUGUGUGUGUAUAUAUGUGUAAAUAAAUGAACACUGAAAUUCAAGCAUUUUUCUUUAAACAGAGCAAUUGAGAGGACACACAAACACGACACAGAACAAUCCA